AUCAGUUAUAAACAAGUAUGGAGAGAAGACUGCGUGAGGAGACAGCAGAGGGCUCCACAUCACACCAGCCAAAGUUAUCAAGAGCCCUGGCACUGAGGAACUUCACCAUACCCAGAAAGAAAUGGACUUCUGGAGAAGGUUUUCAUAGGUUUUCACAACAUGCAAAUCAACAGCCCCUUUGAAACAACAUUAAUAUGUAACAGACCAGGGCACUGUUAUAAGAAAAAGUCUUCUGAUGUGACUUCUUAUAUUAUAAUAUGUUCAAAUGACGUAAAAACAGAAUUGGCUUCAACCACAAUGCAGAGAUAUUUUUUAUUUAAUUUAUUUUGGACAUUUUUGGGUUAACUAUUGCUAAAAGUUUUCUCUAGAGUGACAUUUUGGUGUAUUGCAGGAUACAUAUCACUAGAAUGAUGUUUCCUUAUGAGAGUGAACAAUCUUUGUGAUGGUAUAUUAAGAAAUCAAAUUGUCUGUCCUUUUGGAGCAUUGCCCAGAGGAGAGCCGAGAUUUCAGUUUCAUUCAGUCAAAACUGAGAGAUUCUAGGCUGGACAUGAGUAAGGACCUAGCAAACACAUGGCAUUGGAAAGAUGCUUGUUUAGUACACAAUGAGGAGCUUCUUAGAAAGUUCUCAGAAAAAAGGGCAGAGAUGUGCGCUAAAGGAAGACAUGGGAGAGAAAUGGAGGAAAGAUUCUGUUUUUUAGUUGCAUCGAACCAAAUGACAGCACAGAUUUAUCAGCAUGGUCUACGGGUUGGCAGCACAGUCCAACAUGCCCUGGGAAAGCCAUCACAUGGAGUAUAUUUGUUUAGACAUGUAGAUGUUGCAUUGAAAUCAACUACCAGCAUAUUAACAGCUAGAAAUCUGCUAAUUUUCAAGGUUCUGUAUGGAAAGGUGAAAAAAAUUGCACAGAAUUCGGAUUUAAACAAAACCCAGGAUCCCACAGUUAGCUUUGACUGUCACAUGUUAAAAGAUGCAGUUUCCCAUAGAGACAAUCUCCACCAGCAAGUACUGGGUUCCUCUGUUUUUCUGUUUGACUUUAAUGGGAACCAGGAGCUCAAUGAAAGACCCAGGCAGUGUGUACCUUAUGCUGUAGUUUCAUUUGUUUCUGCCAGCAGUGCCAUUCUGACAGCACCUACAAUCUCACCGAUAUCACCUACUACACUUCCAGUUGGCCCAGUGCAUGAAACAGUAUACAGUUUCAAGGCAUGUACUGUGGCUGAGAGAAGAUGCAAAGGAGACACUGGAACCAUUACAUGUAAACAAUUCAGCACGCCAGCUUAUUUAGUACUGGAUUAUACACCUCAGAAUCCAGGAACAGAGGCUCUGUUUCAAAAUAUGGAAAACACUCAGUCACUCAACCCAAAACAGCAGUGGAUUCCUGCCAGUCAUGAAUCAGUGCCAAAUGUUGAUCGCACUGGUCUCUCUCAAAGUUUACUGGAAAAGGAAACAUUCUCAAGUAAUGUAAGACGAAAUACUUUAAGUACAAAUGAGGUAUAUGACAAUGAAUGUGACCCAACACCUGAAAGUCCAUCCAAGUCCAAAAUUUCCACUAUAGUGUAUUCUUCACGCUUGGUUAAGGACCCUUGUCUAUCUAGGCGAGAAACAAACAAACAGACAAAUUGCUCAAAUGCAGAGACAACAUAUUUCGCCUCAGGAUUUGAAGGUAGACAAUGCAAACCAGACCCCCAAAACCAGGAAGAAAAUUGUGGGUUUGCUAGAACUGAGUCUGAUCCAAAAGAGCCAUCAAACCUGGACAUGAAGAAUGAUCAAAUAAAUAAGUGUUUUUCUCUACAAUCCUCAAUGAACAACUGUGGGCAUUCACUAAAGCAAAAAGCAGAAACAUUGCCCUCAAUGAAGUUAUUCAAAAUGAAAUUCCAGAAAUAUGCUGCAUACUUCAGACUGAAUGAGGAACAGAGGCGUGAAAAGAUCUGGUCACUAGAAAAUGUGUCACCAGAGCAAAAGCAAGCAUUAAUGGACCAUGUAAAUUUCUAUGAGGUUUAUUAUCAGAAGUAUAAGAAAGGAUUGCUGUCUCAAAAAUACAGUGAGACACAGAAGGCAUCCAGUUUGUCUGAAAGAGAACCCAAAGAAAAUAUAAUUUUACACACAACAGAGAAUACAUACAAUCAGAAUCCAUCUAAUGUGCACCAAACAAAAACUUAUGAUGCAACAUGUUUAUCAGAUAAAACAGAUUUUGCUCACAGGGAGAAGUGCAGUGUGACCAAACAUCCAGAAAAUCCAAAAUCUAGUACUGUAAUGCUGGUAGAAAAGAAGCUGGAUCUUCUACCAGAGACUCAUCGGGACUAUGUGGACCAUCAUGAUGGUCUAGUUGAGUCUCCACGAAAACUUUCAGAGCUAGCCUCAGUGAAUCACACACUCACAGACAAAAGAGCUGAUGCACAAAUUGUGCAAUCUGACCCAAAGCAAUCCCAAGUGGCCGUAACUAGCCACAAUAUAGAAGGUAAGAUUAAUCUUGAGAUUGUAUGUCAAGGUGAAUUGUCCACAAGUGUGGUAGAGUCCUCUGUGAUCACUGCUAUGGAUAUUGCAAGCUUUGUUGAAGUCUCUAGCUGUGGAGCAUCAGAGGACUGUAGUCUCAACCCUGUUAUGGCAGUAACACAAGCGUUAAAUGGGCAGAAUCUAAAGAGGGAUACUACAUGUACUGAAGGCUCUGAAAUAUCUGCAGAGCUUGAUAUGGAAGACAACAUUACUCACAGGGAAUUGUAUGCCAGAAUUCAACUUGAUCAGCUAUUGCCAAGCAAAAAUGGAAAGCAUAUUUUCUCUGCGAGAGCUUACCUCACACCCGGAGUUAUGGGUAGACCUAUGAAUACCAUGGCCAAGCCAAAAAUGUAUGGCAAAUAUCACUGUAAAGACAUGAAGUGCAGGGAAGAUCUCAAUGUCACUAUAAAAGCCAACAAAACUCCUGCCUAUUCUAAACAAACACUUUCUCUGUCUGAACGCUUUUCAAAAAUCAGAAUCCUUCAGAAGAGGGUAACUGGCCUCAUGUCAAAAUUCAGCAACAGCAAAAUGAUCCAAAACCCAGAGACCCAAAUCGCCAGCAGUGAAGAACACAAGGAAACUGUAACCCGUAACUGUAAACUAAUACAACUAUUAGCACAAAGGUACAAUGAUGCUAAAUUACAUGCUAAAUACAGAAGUUUGAGCAGACAAGGCAAUAAAAACUCAUGUAUACAAAAACAACACUCAGCUCCAUUACUAAUUCGCUCUUUGAGGAGGACAAAAUGUGUCAAGAAGAGACAUUUUUGGAAAGCAAAUAAUUGCAUGAUGUCAACUGAGAGUUCCCAUGAAGCAGUGCAUGGUAAAGCAACAUCAAACUCAUCAAAUAGUCUGUCACAUGCUUCUGAAACAGUCUUAACAGAAAGUAAAGAUGAUGAACCAGGUCCUAAUUUAGGAAUAAUGUCUCACACAUCUCAUGCGGACAGUGACAGACAAUGGUUAUACAUUCAAGGUUGUCAAGAGGGUAUUACUUGUAAAAGUCUACUCCAAGACCAUUGUUCUCCAACCAAAUCUGCUACUAACAAAGAUCUGACACUGAAACCUAUAGCACCACUUUCAGUCGAUUCAAUCUACACUAACAAGGAAAAACCAACAGAAGAUGUGCUCAUGGUAGAUGAAGUGGAACAACUUCAGACAACCAAGAACAGACCAAAUCAAAACAAAACCUUGAUAACAUGUGCAAGCAUGUUGGACAAUUCAAGGAAAGACUGUAGAAGUACAAUCAAAGAUGAAGGGAGUAUGUUACAGGAACUGACAUCAGAGACUGAAUCAGUUCCUUUAGGCAGGGCAGAGCAUAACAAAAUGAAAAAAUCAGUAGAGGACAAUGUAAAAGCUACUGAGGGCUUGAGUUUAAAGGAAUGUGAGGUAUCAGGAACAAAUAGUAAUAUGACCGAAAGCAAUGCAAUCAGAAGUCACACAACUAACCUCCAGAAAAACAUGACUCCUGAACUCAAAGUGAUGGAUACUAUCUAUGAUAAGAUUAAGACAGGGACUGAGGUAGACAUUCGUUGUGAUGGUGCAAUGGAUAAUAUAAAAAAUAAUGAGACAAAUGCAAGUGUGGAAACUACUCUGAACUUCCAGAAUAUUGACAAAGGAGAGAUGCUGGCAAAGGCUUGCUGGCAAAAUAACCCAAAUAAGAACCCAUCAAUGUCGACCAACAGGUCUACUCACAGCAGUGCUUGGAGUAUUGAUUCUGAGAUCACAAUGGCAAAUGGUCAAGAGAAAGCGUUGUUUGAAGAGAAGUCAUCAGAUUCAAAGCAUUGUGUUGUAGAGGCUUUCGAAUGUACAUCAGAUAAUGUUAUAGAUCUCACUGCUGAUGAUCCAACUUCAAGUGGCAAUGAAACAAAUUUUUCUGGCAUUUCCACUUCAAAUAACAAACGUGCAAGCACUGUCACAAUAAAAGAAAAUGGUCAUUUAUCCAGACCAGAACUAAACAAAAACUGUGAUGAAGACUCUCCAGAAACACAGCUCAUUUCUAAACUAAGAGAUUAUUUGACCAAAUUUGAGUUCACUGUCAAGAAACAAGAUACGGUGCAUGAAGAUCUGAAAGAGAAACCAGUGGCAUGGAUAACCCUCGACAGUACGGCACAUAAACAGCAGUUAGCGGAAAAAGGCCAAUACAGCAUAGUGAAUUUUCCCAGUCUGAUGCCUAAGGGGAGUGACGCCAUUACAACAGACAAUUCCAGAGAGUACUCCGACAACUCUGCGCAAACUAGGAUCAUUCCUGGAAGUGAACAUGUUCAAACUGCAACCAGUAUUUACUUACUAGUGCCUGCUGGAUCUAAGAGAGGCAGACGAUCUUCUCAGACCAGAAGAACCAACAGGCUUGUAUCAAAGAGGGCAAGAAGGGGCUUGGUGGCUAGGGUCAGUCCUGACAGCACUAGUUCACUAGACACAGUAAAAGAUAACAAUGGUCAUCUUGCUUUGGCCCAGUUGAACAACAGGAAUCCCGCUCCCACAGAAAUCUCCAUCAAUACCCCCAGUGCACAAUUCUGGAUGCAAAGUAAAAAUACAAUAGGGCAACAAAAUCCUAUCACCUGCUCCCAAGACUCGGUGAACAUGGAUAGUUUAUUUGAAAAAAAGACUCAAACGAAUCAAUCUUUGGACACGAUAGAAAUCAUUGAUGAUGGAAAUGUGAGCAGUACAUUUGCUGAGAAUGAGUACUGUGUCAGUGACAUCUCAAACACUCUUAAAAUGGCAGAUCAGACAAUCUUAUUAACCGAACUUGGAUCUCUGCAAUCUAAAUGCAAGAGCAUGCUACAGCAUUUUAUCUCAAGUUUUGAAAGAGAUCAGAAAGUUAAAUUCAACCAAUCUUUUGUUUCAAGACAUCUCAUCUUUGAACAAUAUUUAGACCAUCCACCUGCACAAGUAGACCUGAAGUACGAAGCAGUGAACUCUUACUUGGAGUUGCAGAUGAUGAUGGAAACAUGGCAGUUUGUUGACAACAAAAUCAACUUUCUGAGCGGAAAACCUACAUUUAGGAGUUUGCUUUACUAUGAUCCUUCCCUUUAUGGUGAACUCUAUAAGGGGGAGGUCGGCUUUCAGCAGCAAUCAUCUUUGUUUGCUUCUUUUCAAAAGAUCCUGGUGCAGGAGGGCUACAGUAAACUGCAGGAAUACUACAUUGCUGUUUCCUCUCUGCACCAAAAGCUCCACACAGCCCCUGAUGCAUCUUACUACAUGUAUCUGAAAAGCAAGCGUGAGCUGCUGGAGGCAGAAGCGGCACUCAGAAAUCCACAUGAUAUUAAAAGCUUCUUUUUAUCAGUACCAUUGACUGCUAUGAUCAACUUUGGAGACAAUUUGGAAAAUUUGGAAAAGGUCCACAAAGUAUUAAUUACUUUUGUGGAAACACCAUUGGAUCUGUUGCCAGGGACUUUUGAUGAGGGCAAAGCAGAGCAUCUGUCUAUCACAUGCAGAUAUCUCCAAGAAAAAGCCUUUUUUAUUAGAUCAUGCAAAGAAAUGGUCAGCAAAGUGUCAUGGUUUGGAAUAGAGCACCUUCUUUAUGAUGCCUCUAAGUUUCUUAUAUGGCAAGACAUGGAGCAAGGUGUGCCAAGUGAAGUUCUCAAGAUGUAUAAGAGUUCAAACCCACAAAUUAUUCUUGGGGUGACAGAGUCUGACGUCACUCUUGUGAACAAAGUAGAGCAGCCUCCUCCAUCCAUGGGUGGAGCAGAGACCCCAGGACAAAAACAAAUCAAUGCUGCUCGGAAACACAAAGGUUUACAAUUAUCGAUGUCCACUCAACCCACUGUUGGACAGAGCCUAAAUGCUGAAAAGGAGGCUGCUUUCAAAAUGACUAAAAGGAGGGUAUCUCAUCCACCCAUAACUCCAUGUAAUAUAAAUAACAAUGAAAUGAAUCCACUGUUCAAAACUAAUCCUGCAACCCACAUUGAGAACCCAACUUCUUACUACGCUCUUCCUCAAAAACCCAGUCAAGGGCACUGGGGAAUGGUUGGCAGUACUGCCGUAGAUUGGAAUGCACCAAACUUAGUGCCACCUUCAACAUCUCAUGCACACUCUGAAAUAAGGUCUCUUCUUCUGUCUAAGAAACGAGUGUCUUUAUCUUGCUUUGAUCAGAGGACAUCUUCAGCAGACAUUCAGAGAGCCCAGUGGCCUUCCACUUCGGCACCCCAAGCAACUUUACUAGGAGACUCUGGUGUUACGCAUACGAGGAUUGAGAGUGUGAAACAUCAGCAAACUUGCACUUCACAUUGUCCUGUGCUCUCAAAAGAUCAAGUAAACCAGUUCACUUUAGCCAUGACACAGCCCUAUAGUUUACCAAAUUUUCAUUUAAAUACAACAUCUGUUCCUCCUCCACCUCUCUCACUCCAGGCAUCUCCAAACACUAUGAUGCAUGUCCCUGUGCCUGGCAAGAUUACAGCAAUGAAUUACCCCUACUUCCUUUUGAAUGGACAAACAUACACCACAGGCUCCACUGCAGCCUUUCACCCUGAUACUAGAUAUUAUCCUAAUGCCAUUUAGGACUAACGUACUACCAGCUUUAAUGUAACUUUUUGAGUUCAUUUUAGUUAAAUGGAUAUUAUUCAAUAAAUAAUAUUUUAUAGCCCUACCUUUUUCUAGAAUACCACUAGUUCAUUUGUACCUGUUACUUUUAAACUAAUGUACUGUGUAUAUAUCAAAUUCAUACAGUAUUUACAUCUAAAACUGUCUGUGUAUAUACCUGUACAAAGAACUGAUGUUCAGUUUACUGCAUUGUAGUAUUUAUUGCAAAUCAAGAUUCACAAGAUUUCUUUUCUACUACAAGUAAAUGUAAAUAAAGAAUGAAAUGUAUAAUUUUA